GUCAUUCCGGAGCAUUUUGCGGGAAGAACAGAGCUCCGGUGCUGAGUCAUCAUGACCGGGAGAUGCAAACUCGUCAAACUGGUCUGCAUCACCGUUUUGUGUGUUGACUGGGGCUACGGCAGUACGGAACACGCACUCCGUGGUCUACUGCACCAGACCGCCUGGCUAAACAUGGAUCGCUCGGUUCCCACAUCCCCCUCCCCCGUUCCUCGGUCGGAGUCGAGCAAACACCACGAUCAUCAUGAAUCAGACGACGAUGAUCUGCAUUCAGAUCACGACCAAUCUCCUGCUGGAUCAGAUGAGAUGAGAAGGAAAACAGUUCCUAAAAGCCUGUCACUAACUCUGCGGCCUGGCUCGCUUCUGACACCCUUCCUCAGCCAGGGAGGAGAUGUCGACGCCUCCAUUUAAUCUGUCUCUCACAUCCAACAGCACCUCAUGGCCAUGGAUUUGUCCAGAGCCCCGCCUGUUUCGUAUUGUGGACCUCCAGCCUGCCCACGAUUGGACAAGUCGACAUCUUCGGGGAGCGUAUCGAUACCGCUGGAUACCUCGCCCACUCCUCACUAAGACACCAAGAACACCAACCAACACACUGCUGAGGACGGUCAGAGCAAGGAUAGUUAAGGGGGAACGGACCCCAAAUUAUUCAUGCAGAUGGGAACCGAGAUGUUGAGAAGUAUAAGUUUCCAUCUGGGGGUUCACUAAGCAAUUCCCACAUGCUGGAUGCAGGUAGCCCUAUUCUUGAUGUGCCGCCAUACCGCACGCACUCAAUCCUCUAGAC